AUGCAGGGGUGGACACACAUGCACGGCGGACGGGGGGACAGCAAUUGGGGGAAGGGGGAGGGGGGCGUCGGGGAGCCGAGCGGAGAGCCCACAGGAGCAGAGCAGCAACAACCUCCUGCAGCUUCCCACGCAUUGCCUCAUGCCACCUGCGCGCCCCCUCACCCACCUGCGCGCCCCCCACCCACCUGCGCGCCCCCCACCCACCUGCGCGCCCCUCACCCACCUGCGCGCCCCUCACCCACCUGCGCGCCCCACACCCACCUGCGCGCCCCUCACCCACCUGCGCGCCCCCCACCCACCUGCGCGCCCCUCACCCACCUGCGCGCCCCCCACCCACCUGCGCGCCCCUCACCCACCUGCGCGCCCCCCACCCACCUGCGCGCCCCCCACCCACCUGCGCGCCCCUCACCCACCUGCGCGCCCACCCCCUGCGCCCCUCACCCACCUGCGCGCCCUCACCCACCUGCGCGCCACCCACCCACCUGCGCGCCCCUCACCCACCUGCGCGCCCCCCACCCACCUGCGCGCGCACCUCACCCACCUGCGCGCCCCCCCACCCACCUGCGCGCCCUCACCCACCUGCGCGCCCCCCACCCACCUGCGCUGCCUCACCACCUGCAGCCCCCAACCCUGCGCGCACCCCUCACCCACCUGCGCGCCCCUCACACCACCUGCGCGCCCCCUCACCCACCUGCGCGCGCACCCUCACCCACCUGCGCGCCCCCCACCCACCUGCGCGCCCCUCACCCACACUGCGCGCCCCCCACCCACCUGCGCGCCCCCCCACCCACCUGCGCGCCCCUCACCCACCUGCGCGCCCCCCACCCACCUGCGCGCCCCUCACCCACCUGCGCGCGCCCUCACCCACCGGCGCGCCCCCCACCCACCUGCGCGCCCCUCACCCACCUGCGCGCCCCCCCCCACCUGCGCGCCCCUCACCCACCUGCGCGCCCCCCACCCACCUGCGCGCCCCCCACCCACCUGCGCGCCCCUCACCCACCUGCGCGCCCCUCACCCACCUGCGCGCCCCUCACCCACCUGCGCGCCCCUCACCCACCUGCGCGCCCCCCCACCCACCUGCGCGCCCCUCACCCACCUGCGCGCCCCUCACCCACCUGCGCGCCCCCCACCCACCUGCGCGCCCCUCACCCACCUGCGCGCCCCCCACCCACCUGCGCGCCCCCCACCCACCUGCGCGCCCCUUACCCACCUGCGCGCCCCUCACCCACCUGCGCGCCCCCCACCCACCUGCGCGCCCCUCACCCACCUGCGCGCCCCCCACCCACCUGCGCGCCCCCCACCCACCUGCGCGCCCCUCACCCACCUGCGCGCCCCUCACCCACCUGCGCGCCCCUCACCCACCUGCGCGCCCCCCACCCACCUGCGCGCCCCUCACCCACCUGCGCGCCCCCCACCCACCUGCGCGCCCCCCCACCCACCUGCGCGCCCCCCACCCACCUGCGCGCCCCUCACCCACCUGCGCGCCCCCCACCCACCUGCGCGCCCCCCACCCACCUGCGCGCCCCUCACCCACCUGCGCGCCCCCCACCCACCUGCGCGCCCCCCCACCCACCUGCGCGCCCCUCACCCACCUGCGUGCCCCCCACCCACCUGCGCGCCCCUCACCCACCUGCGCGCCCCCCACCCACCUGCGCGCCCCUGACCCACCUGCGCGCCCCCCACCCACCUGCGCGCCCCCCACCCACCUGCGCGCCCCUCACCCACCUGCGCGCCCCUCACCCACCUGCGCGCCCCCCACCCACCUGCGCGCCCCUCACCCACCUGCGCGCCCCCCACCCACCUGCGCGCCCCCCACCCACCUGCGCGCCCCUCACCCACCUGCGCGCCCCCCACCCACCUGCGCGCCCCUCACCCACCUGCGCGCCCCCCACCCACCUGCGCGCCCCUCACACCCACCUGCGCGCCCCUCACCCACCUGCGCGCCUGCGCGCCCCCCACCCACCUGCGCGCCCCUCACCCACCUGCGCGCCCCCCACCCACCUGCGCGCCCCUGACCCACCUGCGCGCCCCCCACCCACCUGCGCGCCCCUCACCCACCUGCGCGCCCCCCACCCACCUGCGCGCCCCUCACCCACCUGCGCGCCCCCACCCACCUGCGCGCCCCCCACCCACCUGCGCGCCCCUCACCCACCUGCGCGCCCCCCACCCACCUGCGCGCCCCCCACCCACCUGCGCGCCCCCCCACCCACCUGCGCGCCCCCCACCCACCUGCGCGCCCCCCACCCACCUGCGCGCCCCCCCACCCACCUGCGCGCCCCUGACCCACCUGCGCGCCCCCCACCCACCUGCGCGCCCCUCACCCACCUGCGCGCCCCCCACCCACCUGCGCGCCCCUCACCCACCUGCGCGCCCCCCACCCACCUGCGCGCCCCCCACCCACCUGCGCGCCCCCCACCCACCUGCGCGCCCCCCACCCACCUGCGCGCCCCCCACCCACCUGCGCGCCCCCCCCCACCUGCGCGCCCCUGA